CGCGAAAGGCACAAGCGCAUUCUCACUAGCGCUUGCCGUAGCGCAACCACAAUUCUCACCCUGAUUGUUCAUUUCUUACCAAGGUAGGCACGUCCGGUUCGGGAGACCGACGGUGGUGCCAUUUGCGACACCGUGCUGCAAGUGUGCUACGCCAUGGGGUGUGGAGCAUUUCCCAGAGCGACGCCUAGGUGGUGGAUGAAGCGACGGAUAGGCGGAACGUGGGAGGAUCUGCGACAAUGUGACAACGCGACGGCGGACAACUUCAAGGACAAGCUGCACAUACCGCCACGUGUGUUCCGAGAGAUCACGGAAGCUUUGUCUCCCUUCCUUGAACGGCGUGUCACUUUCUAUAGGGAGCCCCUCCAGCCCGACCACAUUGUCGCGUACGCUUUGUACAGGUGGGCGUCGGGGGAGACGUACGAGAGCGAGACUUGCAGCUUCGACAUUGACAGAUCUUUUGGGUUGGUGGUUGUGCGGGAUGUAACUGCGGCGUUGCGGAGUGCGUACCCCGACAAGAUAUCCUGGCCGACGGGGCUGCAGAAGGCGGUCGUCUUGCGCGCUUUCACUGACAAGGGUUUCCCUAACUGCCAUGGGUGCAUCGAGUGCACCCACAUCUUCAUCGACAAGCCAGCGAAUUGCCCCGGGGAGGACUACUACGAUAGAAAACGAUGUUUCUCUGUCCAGGCGCAGGUUGUUGUCGAUCUAAACUUGCGAGUGCUGGAUGCGUUCGUCGGUUAUCCGGGAAGUUGCCACGACGUGAGGAUCGUGCACCUGUCAAGUUUAUGGGCGUGCACUGAGGCAGGGGAGCUUUUUUCACUCGUCCACCUGUUAUGCUGCCUUUCGGUGUGCAGACUAACAGCAGCCCUUGAGGCCGAUGUGUAUGGAGUCGUCGACAGGGGAUGGCAUUGCGCUCAUUCUGCGAAACGCAAUGGCGGGGAGAAUGGGUGCACAGUGAACACGGCCAAGUGUGCGGAGCGGGCGGCUGCGAUGAUGUGGCUGUGGCGAGAAAUCGGAGCGGGCGACGAGGGGAGCAGGCGAGAAAUCGGAGCAGACGACGUGGGAGGCGUAUUGUCCUGGAAGGGGUGGUCGUCUGAGGUUGGGGUCGUUGUGUGUGCGGGGCCGUUUUCCAGAAAUGGCGAGUUGAAGCAGCGGUUGCUGUUUCGCUGUGGGUUGCCGUGCACUGGGCGGCGUGUGUCGGCAGUUUCAUUCGGUUUUGUUUCGUACUGUGCGCCGUUCAGGAGGGUGUCGACGCUUGGGGUUGAUGGUGAUGGCGCAGUCCAACGCGUGGAGCCACCAGAGAUCAAAGCCAUGGACAAGCUCAUGGUCUUCGAGCAAAUCACGCUGCCGAGUACAGACUGGAUCCCCGAGUACCAACGCUUGACAUUAGUCCCAGACAUCCAGAUGGACUUCAAAUCCAUCCGCCAUUACUUCAUCUCAAGGUCAUAUCCGGCAUUGAGCAAUGCCCUGACGCAUGUUGAGGACACCUUGACGACAACGGCGGAACUAUUUGACAAGGCCGCGCAGAUCAUCAUCACGAACAAGGAGGCCAAGAACCUCCGUUCAUCUGCGGCAGGCCCGAGCAGGGACCAGCAUCGACCAAGAGUGGCCGUGGUUGCAGCGGCAGCGUCGUUGGACCAAACCAAUGAGGCUGUGUCUGCCGGUGAAGGGGACAGACUCGUAGCCGCCCGGGAAGGUGGCCGCCCCGGGCCUCUUCCUCGCAUCGACGAUCUUCUUGAGCGAUUGGGCGGCGCAAAAUAUUUUUCUAAGUUGGAUUUGAAAUUGGGAUAUCAUCAAAUCUCGAUCCAGCCGAACGAUCGCUACAAAACCACGUUCGAGACGCGGUACGGGCAUUUUGAGUGGGUGGUCAUGCCUUUUGGCCUCACCAACGCCCCGGCGACGUUCCAGGCGGCAAUGACCAAUGAAUUUCAUGCAAUGUUGGACCGGUUCGUGCUGGUCUACUUAGACAAUAUUCUCGUCUAUAGCCGGUCAUUGGAGGAUCAUCUUGGCCAUCUUCGACGAGUGUUGGAGACGCUCCGCCCCGCCAAGUACAAGGCCAACCGCGACAAGUGUGAAUUUGUCCAGCAGGAGCUGCAGGAGCUGGAAUACUUGGGCCAUUUUGUCACACCGGAGGGCAUCAGUCCGCUAUCGCACAAGAUUCAGGCCGUCCAGGAGUGGCCGGAGCCUCGGAACGUCACCGAUGUCUGCUCGUUCCUUGUCCUCGAGCAACAUGAUGGUGUGGACUGGCACCCGGUCGAGUACUUCAGCAAGAAAGUGCCCAUCGUGCAUUCCAUUGACGAUGCACGCAAAAAGGAGCUCCUCGCCUUCGUCCACGCGCUCAAGCGGUGGCGGCACUUCCUCCUUGGUCGAAGCCAAUUUCGUUGGGUAACGGACAACAAUCCGUUGGUCUUCUACAAGACCCAAGACACCGUCAACAACACCAUCGCUCGACGGAUGACUUUCAUCGACCAGUUUGACUUCUUUCCCGAUCACAUUCCCGGGAAGUCGAACCGUUUUGCGGAUGCUCUUUCACGGCAUCCGGAUCAUUGUACUGCGGUCUACUCAACCUUCGAGAUCGACGACGACCUGCAGAACAGCUUCAUCCGCGGCUACCAAACCGACCCCGAGUUUCACGACAAGUACACGAAUUGCUCCUCUCCUAAUCCGGCUCCUUCUCACUACCGGAUCCAAGAGGGGUACUUGCUUGUCCACACGCGGGGGAAGGACCUUCUUUGCGUACCGAGUGAUCCUCACUUGCGUACACGGCUUCUUGGCGAGUUCCACGAUGCUCCCGCCACCGGACACUUUGGAGUCAAUCUCAUGAUUGGCCGACUUCGCCAGCGAUUUUGGUGGUCCAGCCUUCUCGGCGAUGUCACGCGCUAUUGCGAGUCAUGCGAGGUUUGCCGACGCUGCAAAUCCUGCAACCACUGUCCGUACGGCGAGUUACGACCAUUGCCAGUCCCGUUGAGGCGAAGGGAAGCGAUUGCCAUGGACAUUACCGGCCCGUUCCCCAAGCACAAGACCGAGUGGAUGGGAUUCUCACGGUGGUCGACCGACUCACUAAGUGGUGACAGGUUCGACCUUGGCCAGGCUUUCUCACACAAGUAUGCUCUUGGAUGUCACUGAUGCCUGACUAGAUUCAUUUGAGAAAGUCCUUGUGAGCGUAUGAUGGCCUUAGACAGGAGGAUGAAAGAACCUGGUCAUCAGAUGUAUUGGAUGUGACCGUCGCCAUCAAAUGUUUGUCAAAGUAUAGAAAUCAAUUUCAUCAUCCAUCCAUCAUUGUGGCUGACGUCAUCAUCAGGAAAGAAUGGCGACUGCCACUGGGGUUUCAGGGGCGAAAAAAGAAGAUGAGAAUUUCCGUCCCCAUUUCUAUCGAGAACCUCAAAUUAUUGACUCGGUGAUGGAUCUGAUUGGCGCAACACCUCUCAUCAAUUUGCGGAAUGUCGGGAAAGAAUGUCCCGGACGGAUAGUGGUAAAGGCAGAGACUUUUCAGCCCUGUUGCAGUGUUAAGGAUAGAAUUG